CUGGGAGAUUGGAUUUGCAGAGAAUCUGACCCCUCCCUGGGACCACUGGCAGGGAGCCCCCCAGCCAAGGCUGACCACAGCUAGAGCCCCGCCAGUGCUGCUUGGUCACUGGCAACGUCUGCCCCUGGCACCAUGUUUCCCCAUCCGCACUCUCCCUGGGUGAGCGCCAGGCCUGGAGUCCCAUGCCCAUCUCACUGGUGCCACCUGGGUACCAGGGGCUGGGGCCCCAUGCCCUGUCCAAGGGGAGGUCUCCUAGGGAGGCUGCCCCCCUUUUCCAUCAGGUUCAGUCUGGUUGGAGGCCAGGCCCCUUGGGGGCGGGAGCAAGCAGACCUGCUCGGGCAGCCAAAUGCCCAAGCCUGGCGCAGGCAGCAGCCCCUCCCCCACCCUGCCCGGGGCCGUAUUCAUGCAGCCCUUUGAGCUGCAAAGAAUCCAGUAGCUUCCAGCCUUUGCACAAGGGGCUGGGCUGGGUCACGCGGCUCCCCCCUGCCCGCCGCAGGGCCCAGAGGCGGCUCAUCUCCGCACGAUGCAUCUCCUGGGCAGACGCUUGGCCUGGCAGUCCCGGUCCCUGGCCCGCUACCCCCUGGCGCGGCUGGCACCUUACCCCCUGCGACGGGCGGUUCAGGGCAUGGUGCGGCCGGGGCCCCUCCCCAAGGGCCCCGUGGGGCAGAAUCUCAGCUACUGGCUGCUGGACGUCCUGCGGGAGUGCGCCUAUGUUCCGCUAUGCUGCUGGUGCAUCAAGGACCUGCUGGACUAGCCCCCCGCCCCCUCGUGUGCUGUGCUGUCGCGUGCUUUUCUUCCCAGCCCCCCAGCCCCUCCACAGGGCUAGACCCACUGGCUGCACUCUGUGCUCGCCUCACCCCAUGCUGCUGGGAGCCUGGAGCAGACCGAGCUCCCACCGGAGGGACGCUUUGGGAUGCUCUGAGCCUGUAGGAGCUGGAAUCCUGGCUCUCCAGCCCCGACGGGACGGGAAGGGGACUCGAUGGUGGGUGCCUGGCCCCCUGCUCAGCGCUCCCCAAUAAACCUGGGCAAUGCACGACUUCCCCG